UUAUCCUAAUAGAAUCUAAUCUCAAAUGGAGUUUUCCCUAGCCCUUACUUAUCUCAUGGCCAUGGCCUUAGCCUUGGUCUUUCCCUCCCAUGCCCAAAACUAGCCACAAGACUACCUCGACGCUCACAAACGCAGCUCGAGCAGCUGUCGGCGUUGAACCUAUAACUUGGGACAACACCGUGGCUGCCUAUGCACAGAGCUAUGUUAAUCAGAGCAUUGCUGAUUGUAGCCUUGUGCACUCUGGUGGACCUUUCCAUAUUUCCAACAGAUCUUACGGUGAGAACCUUGCCUGGAGCAGCGGCGACCUAUCGGGCACCGAUGCCGUAACAGUGUGGGUUAAUGAGGGUGCCGACUACGAUUACGUCUCCAACAGUUGUGCUUCAGGCAAGGUUUGCAGACGUUACACUCAAGUGGUUUGGCGUAACUCAGUUCGUCUCGGUUGUGCUAAGGUGACAUGCAACAAUGGCGGAACUUUCAUUACCCUGCAGGCAAUGUCAUUGGUGAAAAACCGUACUAAAAAGCUUAUUUUCAUUGAAGAUCUUCCAAAAUAA